GGCGCCCCCGGCACCAUGAUCUCGACCAAGGAGAAGAAUAAAAGCCCGAAGGACAGCAUGACGCUUCUGCCCUGCUUCUACUUCGUAGAGCUGCCCAUCGUGGCGUCGUCCGUGGUGUCUCUCUACUUUCUGGAGCUGACCGACCUCUUCAGGCCGGCGCAGGUGGGCUUCCAGUGCUACGACCGCGCGCUCUCCAUGCCCUACGUGGGGGCCAGCGAGGAGCUCAUCCCCCUGCUCAUGCUUCUCAGCUUGGCCUUUGCCGCGCCUGCCGCCUCGAUCAUGGUGGGCGAGGGCCUGCUCUACUGCUUGCAGUCCCGGCUGUGGGGCCGCAGCGGGGGCCCGGGCGGGCCCGAGGGCAGCAUCCACGCCGGUGGCUGCAACUUCAACUCCUUCCUCCGGCGGACGGUGCGCUUUGUAGGCGUCCACGUGUUCGGCCUGUGUGCCACAGCCUUGGUGACCGACGUCAUCCAGCUGGCCACGGGCUACCACACGCCCUUCUUCCUGACGGUCUGCAAACCCAACUACACCCUGCUGGGCACGUCCUGUGAGGCCAACCCGUACAUCACGCAGGACAUCUGCUCCGGCCACGACACCCACGCCAUCCUGUCUGCACGGAAGACCUUCCCAUCCCAGCACGCCACUCUGUCCGCCUUCGCUGCUGUCUACGUGUCGAUGUACUUCAACUCGGUCAUCUCGGACGCCACCAAGCUGCUGAAGCCCAUUCUGGUGUUCUCCUUCGCCAUCGCGGCGGGCGUCUGUGGCCUCACCCAGAUCACGCAGUACCGCAGCCACCCCGUGGACGUCUACGCCGGCUUCCUCAUUGGUGCUGGCAUCGCUGCCUACCUGGCCUGCCACGCUGUGGGCAACUUCCAGGCCCCGCCGGCAGAGAGACCGGCGGCCCCGGCGCCCGCCAAGGACGCGCUGCGGGCGCUGACCCAGCGCGGCCACGACUCGGUGUACCAGCAGAACAAGUCCGUGAGCACCGACGAGCUGGGUCCCCCCGGGCGGCUGGAGGGUGUGCCCAGGCCUGUGGCCCGUGACAAGACCUCGCUGGGCAGCCUGAAGCGGGCCAGCGUGGACGUGGACCUGCUGGCUCCACGCAGCCCCAUGGGCAAGGAGAACAUGGUGACCUUCAGCCACACGCUGCCCCGCGUCAGCACGCCCUCGCUGGAUGACCCCGCCCGCCGCCACAUGACCAUCCACGUGCCCCUGGACGCCUCGCGAUCCAAGCAGCUCAUCAGCGAGUGGAAGCAGAAGUCGCUGGAGGGCCGCGGCCCGGGGCUGCGGGACGAGGCCAGCCCUGCGCACCUGCGGGCGCCGGCGGAGCCCAUGGCCGAGGAGGAGGAGGAGGAGGACGACGACGACGAGGAGGAGGACGAGGGGGAGGAGGACGAGGGGGAGGAAGGGGGUCCAGCCCCGCCUUCGCUGUACCCCACAGUCCAGGCGCGGCCGGGGCUCGGGCCACGGGUCAUCCUCCCGCCGCGGGCUGGCCCGCAGCCGCUGGUGCACAUCCCCGAGGAGGGGGCCCAGGCGGCGGCAGGCCUGUCCCCCAAGAGCAGCGCGGCCGUGCGGGCCAAGUGGCUCAUGAUGGCAGAGAAGAGCGGCGCCGCGGUGGCCGCGGCUUCCACGCAGCCCCGUGUGGCCAACCCGCCACGGCUGCUGCAGGUCAUUGCCAUGUCCAAGGCCCCAGGCGGGCCGGGCCCCAAGGCGGCUGAGACGGCCUCGUCCUCCAGCGCCAGCUCCGACUCCUCCCAGUACAGGUCGCCGUCAGACCGUGACUCGGCCAGCAUAGUCACCAUCGACGCGCACGCGCCCCACCACCCCGUGGUCCACCUGUCUGCGGGUAACGGGCCCUGGGAGUGGAAGGCGGCGGGCGGCGGGGCCAAGGGGGCCGAGGGGGAGAGCGGCUACGAGCUGGGGGACCUGGCUCACGGCUUCCGUGGGGGACCGAAGCCCCCGGGCGUAUCCCCAGGCUCUUCUGUUAGCGAUGUGGACCAGGAGGAGCCACGGUUUGGGGCCGUGGCCACCGUCAACCUGGCCACAGGCGAGGGGCUGCCACCCCUGGGCGCGGCCGACGGGGCCCUGGGGCCGGCCAGCCGGGAGUCGACGCUGCGGCGCAAAGCCAGCGGCCUGGUGCUGGGCGAGCGGGAGGCCGCGGAGGCGGAGAGCUACUACCGCAAGAUGCAGGCGGCCCGCAGGUUCAAGGACUGA